AUGACUUCAAAUUUUGGCGCGGUUCAUCCUCCUGCCGGUAAAGAACAAGGACACCAAGACCCUCGUUAUGUCGAAUUCCCCAUUGCACCAGAUGACGCAACUUGGGAAGAUGGACAGCCGGCCAUGCUUUAUGCUGCGGGUGUCCCUAAUGAAGAGAUGAUGCAAAAGAGUCCGCAAGUUGGUGUCGCUUCAGUAUGGUGGGAGGGAAACCCGUGCAAUAUGCAUCUCCUAGAUUUGGGAAAGACCGUCAAGGAGGCCGUCCAGAAGAAGGGCUAUAUCGCCUGGCAAUACAGCACGUUGGGCGUGUCCGAUGGCAUUGCCCAAGGCAACGAAGGCAUGAGAUUCUCCCUGCAGUCGCGUGAGCUCAUUGCAGACAACAUCGAAACCAUUACCUGUGCACAAGCUCACGACGCCACUGUGGCCAUUCCCGGAUGCGACAAGAACAUGCCAGGCUGCGUCAUGGCAGUCGCCAGGCAUAAUCGUCCAUCGGUUAUUGUGUACGGUGGCACUGUUGCCGGCGGGUACUGCGAGGUCCUGAAGAAGCCCAUCGACAUUGUCACUUGCUACGAAGCCCAGGGCGCUUAUCUGUUCGGUACGCUGGGCUCCUGGUCCGACGACGAGUCUGUCAAGCCCGAGGAAAUUCUGUCGUCAAUCGAAAAGGGAGCUGUCCCGGGCCCCGGUGCUUGCGGUGGCAUGUAUACCGCGAAUAGUCUGGCAACCAUCAUCGAGACUCUCGGCCUAUCCGUUACCGGCUCGUCAAGUACCCCAGCAGCCUCCCCGAUCAAGAUGAGAGAGGCAACAAAGGUAGCCGACGCCAUUGAAGUCUGUUUGCGUCGCAAUAUUCGACCUAGGGACAUUCUCACCAAGGAAUCCUUUGAAAACGCACUCGUCAUCACGAUGGCCCUAGGAGGUUCUACCAACUCCGUCCUACAUACCCUUGCGAUGGCAAGAGCAGCCGAAGUUCCUCUCACUCUCGAAGAUUUCCAGCGGGUCUCUCGUAAGACUCCCUUCAUCGCUAACCUGAAGCCGAGUGGCAAGUACGUCAUCGAAGACCUAUUCCACGUUGGCGGGGUACCAUCAGUCACCAAGCUUCUCAUCGCUGGUGGUCUCCUUAAUGGAAAGACUCUCACCGUCACUGGGAAAACGCUCGAAGAGAACGUUGCCUCUUGGCCAUCGUUGGUCCCUCAACAGGACAUCAUUCGACCCCUGUCUGACCCCAUUAAGCCCGCUGGACAUCUCGUUGUGCUGCAUGGGAAUAUCGCCCCUGGCGGAGCAGUGGCCAAGAUUACCGGAAAGGAGGGUCUCCAAUUUGAAGGUGAAGCACGCUGCUUCAACAAGGAGUCCGAGCUUGUCACCGAGCUCAAUGCCGGCAACAUCCCUAGGGACAGGAACAUUGUCCUCGUCGUUCGCUACGAAGGACCAAAGGGUGGCCCCGGAAUGCCUGAACAGCUAAAGGCAUCCGCGACUUUGAUUGGAGCCAACCUGAAGAACGUGGCACUCAUCACUGAUGGAAGAUAUUCUGGCGCCAGUCACGGCUUUAUCGUCGGCCACAUUGUCCCCGAAGCGGCCGUUGGCGGGCCUAUUGCCGUCAUCAAUGACGGCGACAUGAUCGCCAUCGAUGCCGAGACAUGCACGAUUAGCAUGAACGUGAGCGACGAGGAUAUCAAGGAGAGGCUGCGCUUGUGGAAGCCUCCCAGGCCUCCUGUGACAAGGGGCACCCUUGCCAAGUAUGCUCAUCUAGUAUCGAGCGCCUCAGAUGGUGCAGUUACCGACUUGUUCUAG